GAUAAGGUUCCAGAGCUCGCUCUGCGUCAGAUCUUCGGCCGACAGAAGCUGCCUGAGGAUCUUUGCUUGCUGCUCGCCGAUAAGGGGAUGCUCUCGGUCGAGGGGGCCACGAUUAAAGCCAUUGGUGGUGAUGAUACCAAGUUCGGGCCAGACGAACCUGCCAGAGAACUCUCGCUUACAUUGCUGGCGGCGAUCUGGAAGUUAGCGUCCACGCUGCAAGAACACGUGGCCACUCGGAAGUUCGUCGAGCGCAUCCAUUGUGACUAUAUGGUCCACGGCACGGUCGCCUUCUACGAGAUGGAUCGACUUCAUGUAUUUUUCGUGGCGCACGAGUAUCUCAAGAUUUGUAAUUUCCUCGUGGAGGCGGGCCCGCUCAAGUACCUCUCCGAGCUCGAAGAAUGGCGCCAUAAAAAUAAAGGUCUUUCAAAGGUCUACAAAUUUUCAAACGACAAGUGGAAGGACUUCCCCACCUUCUCGUCGGCCUUGAAGGAGGUCCUUCAGAAUCACAAGCAGCUCGAGAACGACGCUCGCUCGACGGCGGAGCUCGACAAGUUCAAGCAGACCCAGAUCUACGUCUCCCCCACCGCCCCCGCCGCCGGCUUCGGAAGCUCGCACGAAGAAGAACCACGCUCGCCGUGA